UAAUUUCUGAGCCGAGAUCAACUGGGGAUUCAGCAAUAACAGAAAAAUAAUAAGACUAAGACUACUGCCGGGGGAGGAAAGGCGUCCGGACGCGAGGGCAGCUGCAUGCAAUUUGCAAUGGUGCAUAUCUUCUGAGAAGAUCGGAGUCACCAUUUACAUCACCACCACCACCUCUCCAAGCAUCUUUUUUUGGGGGGCGGGGGGUUGUCUUUUUAUUUUAUUUUAAAUAAUCAUUUCUAUGAUUGAGCUUGGUUGAUUUCAAUUAAAACUACCUCACGGACUUUGCCUAAAGCUGGUGCUUUUUUAAACAAAUUACGAAACAAAAAACCUUGUGGGUUUUCUCCCCGUGUGUAUGUGUACGUGUGGCGUUGUUUACAAAACAUUUGAUGACAUUAAAGGCAAGGCCUUUGCACUGAAGCCAAGUGAAGAACCUUAUGAUUGCACUAUAUGUAACUCAACUCAGCUAAGACUUCGCUAGGAAACAACCAGCUCCUCUGCCUUGUGGAAGGGACCGUCCAUCAGUUUCCCCCAAUCUUUCCUCCCUGUCGUUGGCCUCUUCUGGCUCCACGCACUGAAACAGGCAUCUACAAACUCGUUUCCGUCUUUCAUCCCAAACCCGCCUCAGAAAUCAUUCUCCAGCCAUGUUCCAACGCUUCACCAGCCUCUUCUUCAGUGACAGCAGCACACCUGAGGACUUUGAGGAACCCAAACCCUUUGUCUCUAAAGAGGAAGAGGAAGAUGGAUGGCUCAUUAUUGAUCUACCAGAUAGUUACGCUUCAGCCUCCAGCAAAGAGCGGCGGGUAGAAGGUCCCAACCCUGUCAGCAUGGAGAGCAACCCCAUGGAGGACCUCUUGAUUGAACAUCCCAGUAUGUCCGUGUAUGUCACCAGCAGCAGCAUCGUGGUGGAAAGCGAGAAUCUCGAAGAGCACAUCCAUGAAAGCGAAGUCCCCGAACGCCGUUUGCAGCGCCAUGCCCCGCACCACUCCACCUCUCUCUCCACCAAGGCCGCCAUCUUGGAGAAAGUCAACCAAGUGCGCCGGAUUCAGAGGGCAAAGCAGCUGGUGGAGAAGCACAAGCUAAGUCAGAAGGUCAUGCAGCGGCAGAACCGCACCAGAGAGUGCCGCCCGCGACGGGCCAAACACCAAGGCAGCUUUGUCUACCAACCAUGCCAGCGCCAGUACAACUACUAAGCUACUUCAGGAAGUCUACACUGUGGGGCAUUAUCCUUUUAACUUUCAGCUUCCUCACAAUGCUUUCUUCAACCGAGAGGGUCUUCUUCGUCCAUUUCCUGAAAUAAAUCCAUCCCCCACCCCAUCCCGUCCCGUGUGAGAGAACCUUCUAUGUUCUCCUGAACUGGCAACAUUCAAUGGUAGUUCUUUUAUGGGCUUUUCUUGGGCUUUAUCCUCCCCUCCCCUUACCUCCCACCCAUUUCAGCCACAAAUACAUUUUCUGAUCUACAA